UAACUUGCACGUGACUUCAGAAUGUUUUGCUUCGCUGCAUCUGCCAGGUAUCAAGUCUUCUGCUCCUCCGUCCUGGUAAUGGGUAAGAAGAAGAGAACCCGCUCCAAGCGCCAUGCGACUACGCCCGGGUCGCCCACCGUGAUUGAGAUCCGUGGUCAUCAUAUGAUGCCUGAAUUGGUAGCUGCCGCGGCACCUCGAGAAUACAAAAUGCCUACAGAGUACCCAGCUCUCGUGGAAGAAGCACAUCCGGAAAUCAUCGACGCGUCGGAACCAUUGCCUCCUCCCCCUCGCAGAGCUUCACCGAUUGAAACUGUCGUUGAGCACUCAGAAAAUGCUGCUGAGGAGAAUCCUGCUACCCAUGAACAUCCUCUUCCAGUGGGCGAAGGCAAGGUCAAGUUUUCGGGCGUGAGCAAACCAGUAGACGAGACGCCACCCAUAGCAGGGCGGCCUCGCUCAGGGUCUCGCAGUCGAUCGGUGUACAUGGAUUUCUUCAAAGUUGUAGACAGAACGUUCCACGCUGGAAAGCGAGACGACCUCUCCUACAUGGUGGGGGCUCACGGUGCAUUCCAACGUGCCACCUUCAACUUCGGACUGAUCGUUGCAUUCGUCCUGCCGUUCCAAGCCAUGGUUCCGCAAAUUCUGACGCCUGACGUCAAUUACUGGUGCGCUAGGCCGUCAAAGAACAUUAGCAGCGACGAGUGGAAGGACCAGAUGAUACCCAAGAUGGAGAAUGGGGAAUAUAGCAAGUGCGAAAUGUUUGUGGUUUUGAAGAACGGCACUUGGAUCACAAAGGCCUGCCAGAGCUGGGAAUUUGACAUCGCUUCCUACGGAUUCAGCAUCGUCCAAGAGUACGAGAUGGUUUGUCACAACGCAUGGCUGCUUCCCAUCAGCUCUUCCAUCUUCCUGGUUGGUGGGCUCUGCGCUUUGCUGGUCUCUGGUCCUGUCUCCGACAAGUUUGGUCGGAAACCAGUGGUCAAGGUAUGCGUCAUGAUAUCUCAAGUAGUAGCAGUGGCCAUCAUCUUCUGCCGUUUCUUGUACGCCUUCUUGGUCAUGCGCUUCCUGCUCGGAGCUGCUUUGACCACUCUACUUGUCACCAGCCUUGUACUAGUGAUCGAAGUGAUGUCGCCUGAUAUGAGAAGCAUCUAUGGCAUCGCGGUGAUACUGGGUCAAACAACCGGGAAUAUAGCGAUGGCCUGCGUCUCCUGUUUGCGCAUCAACUGGCACAUUCUUCAAUUUGUUGGCAUCAUCCCUACUUUUAUGAUGCUCCGUGCCUUUUACAGUGUGACCGAGUCGCCGCGAUGGCUGAUAUCGAAAGGUCGACUCGAAUGCGCCGAGGCGAUCAUUAUGCACGCAGCCCACAUCAACGACGAAAACACGCUGGAAGUAAAGAAGACAUGGAUGCGGACCCGAAGGCAGCUUGAAAAGGUAAAGUCUUCAAUAGCCUUGAUGCAGGCUGACCAAACCAUAGAUAUGUGCAAGUACAGCAAGUGCGCAUUUGUACACUCUUGA